GCCAGAGCCGCAGCGGGAGCGCCGGCGGCGAGCGGGGCCGUCCGAAAGCCCGCGGGAGCUCGUCGCGCCCCGGCGCUGGGACCCGCCUGGCCGAGCGCGCCGGCGCCGCGACCUCAGACAAAGGCGCCGCUCACGUCCGGCAGCCGCGCUCUGCAGCUCUGCCCGGAUUAUCUGCAUUGCAGCUGAUCUCGAACAAACCCUGCUUUCAGCCAGCUGGUGAUGUCAUCUCCUCGCUGCUUAGGGAAGGAGACUCUGAAAGAUGCCGUGUUCCUGCAGCCACGCCGAGCCCUGCAGAGCACAGUCUCGUUCGAGGUGGCGUGGGUGAGGGGGUGACAGAGGAUGCUGCCCCCGCUGAAGCCUCCGGAGGAGCCUGGCCUGGCAGCUGAACGCCCCUGGGAUUCGGGACUUAGGUGUAACUUGGUGUAGAGCUCACACUCACAGUGCUUGAGUUCCUCCAGCUUUCUUCACUGGCACUCACCAGGCUGGUUUGGGUUGCAGAAUCCAAGGUGAGCUGGUAGAAAGGAGAGCUGGUAAAGGUGGAAAGAAGCCCCUAGAAGUCUCCAGAAUCCAUUGUUGGGAUACCUUCAUUCUGCUGAGGACACAGAGAGCAGCCACGCACGAAGCUGCCUGGGGCUGUGAUACCACCGAGCUUUGGACCAUCAGCAGUAAAGGAACACAGUUCAGCAAAGGCAUUGCAGCCCCAAGGAAUCUCUUUUAACAACGGAUUUAAAGGGGAGAGUUUCUGCACUUUUACUUUGUGGUCCAUUCUGAUAACUUGACACACAGAAAGAAACAUGAGCCAUUGUAAGUGUGGAGGAGGGCUUGGGAUCCACAGGAGUUGGUGGACAGCCCUCCCAGGGCAGGUUAACAAAGCAGUGUGAGCCUCCGGCUUCUGCAACUCGGCAAGCAUGGACAUGUGCCACUCUGGUCUCUGGAGAGUUGGUGGCAGUGACAUCACCAUAAGAAAAAGCAUCCCUCCGCUUUGGAACUUGACAGAAUGAGGUGUGCUGGGGAAGCCACUGGCCGGGGCUUGGCCUUUCCUGACUGCCCCUCCAUCACACGGGCAGCCCCUGACCACCACUGAGCCAACGAUGGCCGAGAAGGGUGACUGCAUUGCCAGUGUCUACGGGUAUGACCUCGGUGGGCGCUUCGUUGACUUCCGGCCCCUGGGCUUUGGCGUCAAUGGGCUGGUGCUGUCGGCCAUGGACAGCAGGGCCUGCCGGAAGGUGGCCGUGAAGAAGAUCACCCUGAGCGACGCCCGCAGCAUGAAGCAUGCGCUCCGGGAGAUCAAAAUCAUCCGGCGCCUGGACCACGACAACAUCGUGAAGGUAUACGAGGUGCUGGGGCCCAAGGGCACCAGCCUACAGGGCGAGCUGUUCAAGUUCAGCGUGGCCUACAUUGUGCAGGAGUACAUGGAGACCGACCUGGCCCGUCUGCUGGAGCAGGGCACCCUGACAGAGGAGCACGCAAAGCUAUUCAUGUACCAGCUGCUCCGCGGACUCAAGUACAUCCACUCCGCCAACGUGCUGCACAGGGACCUGAAGCCCGCCAACAUCUUCAUCAGCACGGAGGACCUCGUGCUCAAGAUCGGGGACUUUGGGUUGGCGAGGAUCGUUGAUCAGCACUAUUCGCACAAGGGUUAUCUGUCAGAAGGCUUGGUAACGAAGUGGUACCGCUCACCACGCCUGCUCCUCUCCCCGAACAACUACACCAAAGCCAUCGACAUGUGGGCCGCAGGCUGCAUCCUGGCCGAGAUGCUCACGGGGAGAAUGCUCUUUGCAGGGGCUCACGAGCUAGAGCAGAUGCAGCUCAUACUAGACACCAUCCCUGUGAUCCGGGAGGAGGACAAGGACGAACUGCUCAGGGUGAUGCCUUCCUUCGUCAACAGCACCUGGGAGGUGAAGAGGCCCCUGCGCAAGCUGCUCCCUGAAGUGAACAGUGAAGCCAUCGACUUUCUGGAGAAGAUCCUGACCUUUAACCCCAUGGAUCGCCUGACCGCUGAGAUGGGGCUGCAGCACCCCUACAUGAGCCCAUACUCAUGCCCUGAGGACGAGCCCACCUCCCAGCACCCCUUCCACAUUGAGGACGAGAUUGACGACAUCCUGCUGAUGGCCGCCAGCCAGAGCCAGCUCUCCAACUGGGACAGGUACCCCGUAAGCCUGUCAUCCGACCUGGAGUGGCGGUCAGACCGCUGCCUGGACGCCAGCGAAGUGCAGCGCGACCCGCGCGCCGGCUCAGCUCCGCUGGCGGAGGACGUGCAGGUGGAUCCACGCAAGGACUCACAGAGCAGCUCCGAGCGCUUCCUGGAGCAGUCACACUCCUCGAUGGAGCGCGCCUUCGAGGCCGACUACGGGCGCUCCUGCGACUACAAGGUGGGGUCGCCGUCCUACCUGGACAAGCUGCUGUGGCGCGACAACAAGCCGCACCACUACUCGGAGCCCAAGCUCAUCCUGGACCUGUCGCACUGGAAACAGGCGGCCGGCGCGCCCCCGACUGCCGCUGCAGUGGCCGCGGACGCUGGGGUGCGCGAGGACGAGCAGGCCAGCCUCUUCCUGGAGAUCGCGCAGUGGGUCAAGAGCACUCAGGGUGGCCCAGAGCGCGCCAGCCCGCCCCCCGAGGGUCCUGAGCACCGAUUGUCUGCCUCCCCGCCCAGCCACCCUGCCGCCAAAGACGGUAGCACUAGCCCUCAGUUCGACCUGGACGUGUUCAUCUCCCGCGCGCUGAAACUCUGCACCAAGCCCGAAGACCUACCAGACAACAAACUGGGCGACCUCAAUGGCACAUGCAUCUCCGAGCACCCUGGAGAUCUCGUGCAGACCGAGGCUUUCUCCAAAGAAAGGUGGUGAGGGCCGAGGGGGCGCUCCAGCACAACCCCCACUCCCACCCAGAAGGGCCACCUGGGAAAGUCGGGCCUGGCAGGAGGCGGCCAGCUCCCCGGCACCCCCACCACCCCAUCCUCCCCUCUCUGCUGCCUGGGGGUUAGCAGAACAUAGGAAGGAUCCAAGGAGCGAGAGGAAUGUCCAUUUCUUAAACUGCCUUAAUAACUAGCCUUUAACCUCUGGGAACGGGUUUGAACAGGAGCCUAGUUUGGGUUGAUCAGUGUCCCAGCGAAGAGGAGGCCCUUGCAUUUUCUAAGUAGUGGCGUGCAGGAAAGAAACAGGUCUUAGACCCAGUCCGCAGGUCCUGUCUGGGUGGGUGGAGACAGGAACCUUGCAGGCCUGGCGUUUAAACCGUCAGCCUCCACUGACAGAUGAGGGAAGACAGUGAGAAGCAGAGAAGCAAAGUCUGGCCAGUGCCUGGGCGAGCCUUGAACCCCAGUCUCCCGGCCCUCAGCCUGUGUCUGUCCUCAUGGAGCACCUCCCUCUGCUGGGUCGCACUGGCAUUUCAGUCAGAGAAGUUAGUCCGAGAGCAUCUUCCCUGUCCGCGACCACCUGACCCAUGCCAUGUUCCUUGAUUCGGAACAGUGUUUCCCGUGUUCCAAAUCUGAAAACUGGGCCAGAGUCUUUUCCCUCCGCAAGCACAUUUUUUCUGGUGCCUCCAGUGCAUAAACAUUCUCAUUUGUCACGCCCCUGCGUUUGCCUCCCCGCUGCAUGAGCUGAGAUCUUUGUUUGGGUCAGGCCAGUUUGGGGUCUGUGGGUAAGAGAGCUCAUCCUCCUAGGCCUGUGCACCCACCUCCUCCACACUUCUUGCACACUUUCCUGACACAGGCACAGACACGGCGACAGCCCUAGCUCCCCAAGGGGUGUCAUACAUGAGUGAGCUGGGAGGUAGCAAUGCCACGAACCCCUUCAGAGCUCCCCACACCUACUGAAGUGCUUACCAUAGAGCACGUGUGUGAGGAGGGAAGAGUUCAGAAGGGCCCUAUCAGGCAUCAUGAAUAUCGCCCUUGAUUUUGAUCAUCUGUUUAGCCUUGGCAAAGAGCAGGCCCCAAAGAAAUGCAUUGGAGAGCAAGUGGCCUGGGGGACAAGGAGUCCAGGAAGGUAGGAAGAUGUGAGAAGUGAGGUGCCAACAGUGAGGGCACUCAGGGGUCAGGCAGCAGCAUGGAGACCUCAUGACAACAGAAGGGGCUCCAAGCAACCACACCCCUCCUAAUUUAGGCCAGGAUGAGUGUGGAACACUCACACCCAGAGGGGCACCCCCACGCAGAGCCUGGGGGGAUGGUGUGUGGACACAGCAGCCCCUCUGCAGAAGCAUAGUGCAGGCGCCUGGAAGGCUGUGCGAUUUCCACCGCUGGUGUUCAGCCCCACCCCCACCCCAACACACCCAAAGAUACCCACGGGGAGUCUAGGCACGCCAGGCGGAGGAUGCCCCGGUCUUGGUCUUAGCUGUGUCCACUUUCACUGCAACGGCACCUUAAAUCUAAUCAGCUAACUAGGAUUUGUACAUCGGAACCUGCAACAGAUUAGAAACUUCUAUUUAAAAACAGAAUUAAUCACACUGACCGAUUUUUAAAUGGAGAAUAUGUAAAUAUGAAGUAUUUGGUUCGGUUUUUAUUUUAAAGAAAAGGAAAUGUACACUGCUCCUCAUGUGCCAUUCGUCCUCAGAGGGCGGCUUUACAUUUUUAGUGAAGGAACAAGCUGCUGGCCUUGCCCGGAAGUUCAUAUAUAAUUGUUAUUACAGAGGAAUUGCUAUUACUACUCAUAUUUUAAAAAAAUCUAUUAAGCAUUAUUAAACUUGAUCUGGACGGGCCAAAUAAAGUUUUAUUGGAACAUGGA